GACCGAACAAAUACAAUUGCAACUCCGGGCUUUCCGAUGCUGGAAGAGGGCGACCCAAAGCUCGCCGCACCCAACACGUUCUACGCUCCUCGCGAGGACGCCGCGCCCUUGGGACCCUUUGUCGGACACUUCGAUAAGGUUGACAUGAUUGAGCCGUCUCCGAGUUUGUACGAUCGAAGACAAGCGCUGGCAGUAAAUCACCGUCGUCUUGGAGUCGUAGGCAUUGUUUCUAUUCUCUACGUCUACCUGUGCGCUGGUCCCAUCGGAUCUGAGGCUGUCAUCUCGGCCGGUGGACCUCUCAUCGGUCUCUUGGGACUCUUACUUUACGCUCUCUUGGUCGCAUUCCCGUUUGCCUACAUUGUAGCUGAACUGUGCUCAGCAUUUCCAGAAGACGGUGGAUUUACGGUUUGGGUGUUGAACGCUUUCGGUCCUUUUUGGGCUUUUCAAGUUGGGUAUUGGUCUUGGGUGGCUGGAGUGUUGAGAGGAGCGUUGAUGCCUGGAACGCUGCUGGGUCUACUCACUCGAUACUACAACAUCGAGAUCCAGUCGUCCGUGGUUUCAUACUUCAUCAAAGCAGCAAUCGGAAUCCUCCUAGCCAUCCCCACAUUUCUGGGCACAACUACUGUUGGUCGACUAAGUAUCGUAGUGACUGGGGUGGUGGUCCUUUGCUUCACCGUAUUCACGGUUUGGGCAAUUGUGGAGUCUUCAGACUUGGACGAUCUGUUUGAAAUACGACGAGAAAACAUCGAAUACGACGCAGAUACACACGAUGUGGUCACGACGGGUGAUGUGGAUAUCCAAUGGACGACUCUCCUCAAUACACUCUUCUUCAAAUUCAAAGGCAUGAACAACGCCUCUGUUUUCGGCGGUGAAGUGCAGAAUCCAGCUCGCUCGUACGCACGGGCAAUUGCCUAUACCUGUCUCCUCAUCCUCUUCACGUACCUGAUCCCAAUGACCGCUGGUAUCGUGUCGGACGCGUUGCCGUGGUUCUUGCUUGAUCGUGAUUCGUUCCCGUUCUUCGCGUACUUCGUCGGCGGAAAGUUCCUCCGCACACUGAUCCAGAUUGCGUCGUGCUGUGGCUCCGCCGGUAUGUGCAUGGCAGCCUUGCACGCUAAGACUUUUCUCGUUAGUGGGAUGGCCGAGAACCGCCUCGUUCCGAGAGUAUUGGCCAAACGUAGCACCAGGUUCCAGAGUCCAAGGAAUGCUGCGCUCUUGACUCUCGUGCUCAUGUUGGCGUUAAUCAACUUGGAUUUCGACAGCAUGCUCACCAUGACAAACGCGUAUUCUGCUGCUGUUCAGUUAGUUAUCAUCGCGUCGAUCAUCAAACUACGACGCGAGUUGCCUUACAUCGCUCGACCGACUAAAGUUCCUGGAGGAAUUCCAGUUCUGUUCGCAAUUGCAGUUGCGCCAACGUUCAUGUUCUGCUACAUCACCUUCUACGCCCUCAGCAGCAUGGUAUCAGCUAUUCUCAUGCUCGCCUUCUUCGUACCCGGAGUCGUUUAUGCGGGCUAUCGUUUUUACUACCGUCGUUCACUGGCAUAGCCCAAAGAUUGCUUAAAGUAAGAGUUCUAAACCUAGAUGGUGUUAGACCUUUUCAUUAGAUUUCGAUGUACAGCGUUGUCGGUUCGUUCCUACGAUGCCAAUUCACUGGAGCGGUGUGCG